UAACAAUGAAGUUACCACUCGCAAACGUUUAUAACCUUUUUUUGCGUUUGAGCCGUUUCAGGCCAUUUGCCAAAGAAAUAAACACUUUCGAACAGGAAUUUGCUGUUUGGAUUUUUGCUUUUACUUUAGAACAAAUUUGAUUUCUUUACUUGGUGAUUCAUUAAAAUGAAGAACCAAAACUUCAACUGCUACGUCGGCACUGCAUCUGGAAUUUUCAAAGGUGUGCAUAUUGUGGAAAAGCAUGACUUAUUUGUAAAGAAUAUUGAUGGUCUAAAAUCGGGAACAAACAAAAAUCCUAUAACUUGCAUGAACUGGGCAGAACCAGGAGAAGAGGAAGUCAUUAUUGGUUAUUCAAAUCAGCUGGUGAAGGUUUAUAACGUCAAGUCGAGAAGCUUUACAUCUCAAGAGGAGAAAAAAUGCGGCCAAGGAUCUCUGAUUGGUGUUGCAAAAUUUUCUGAUGCUAUUAUGACUGGUGUUGAUGGAGGUUCAGUUAAAAUUUGGCGGCCUGGAGGAGAGACUACCACUAUCGAGUGCGGCAAUAAUUUAGAACGAAUCCGUCACAGUCUGACAAAUGAACAGUGCUUUGCUUCAGGAGGAAAAGAGAAUGAUUUAAAAAUAUGGGACAUAAACACUGGAGCAACUACAUUUACAGCAAAAAACGUUCGGCAUGAUGAACUUGAACUGAGAGUUCCAGUUUGGGUCACUGAUAUAGUUUUUCUUACAAAUUCUCAAAAGGUUGCAGUAACCACUAGAUAUGGACAUGUAAGGCUUUAUGAUCCUUCAACACCGACAAGACGCCCGGUAAUGAGUGUACAGGUACCAGAACAGGCCCUAAUCAGCAUGUCAACCUGCUGUAAAGAUCAACAUGUAAUUGUUGGGAGUGGUACUGGACAAAUGAACCUUGUUGAUUUGAGAAGUAAAGGUCUUGUCAUGAAUAAAUAUAAAGGAAGUAUAGGUGGAAUUAAAUCAAUCGCCUGUUCACUGGAAGAGCCUUAUAUAGCUUCUGUCAGCCUUGACCGUCAUUUUAGACUGCAUCAUUUAAAUACGAAGGAGCUUCUUUUCAAAGAAUACAUGCAGUCGAAACUUUCCUGUGUGUUGGUGAGCCCUAACUUGGACAUCAACAAAUGCGAUGCAGCUUCCAGUGAAGAGGAGGAACUUCUUGAAAAGGAAAAUCAGGAAAGUCCACCAUAUCCCGAGUCAGAUGAAGGGAUAGGGGAGAAGGUAAAAGAGGAAGAACUAUUACCGCCACCUGUGGCUGAGAAAAGGACCCGAACUGGAGGAGCUUCUUCAAAAAAGAAACAAAAACCUUCAUAGCAUAAGGUAGUAGGGAAAUCAAAGCUCCCUUAAAAACAUUGUUUAGUGUUUUUUAAUUUUAUUACAUAUAUAUUUUUUAUUUAUUUAUUUAUUUUUCUUUUGUUCAAAUAAAUGUAUGGUUGUCUCAUUUUAAGAAAGAAAAAGAAGGUUAAAAUAAUGUUAAUGAUCACAUGUGAUAUGUACAGAUGUAUUAAUUUUUAAUGUGGUAAUAUGUAAUUAAUUAGGAAUUUAAAUUGUAGAUGGAGUUUGGUGUUAUCUUAUUUUUCAGCUGUUGUUAAAUUUAAUUACAUAUUUGUUUGAUUUUUUAAAAUUAUUAUUUAUUUGCAAAAUUACAAUUCACAAGAGCUUACAAUCAAACAGUCAUCAACAACCCACAAAUGCUCAUAAAAUAUGUACAAAUAACCAUUAUAUUUUACAUAUAAAUAUUUUUAUCAAUGUUACAAUAUUAAUUAUAAUGUUUAUAUUUUAUAAACCACUGAUGUAUACGAUUAUGCCACAUUUUUUAAGGUAAUCGCUGGUAGGUAACCUAAAAAAACUGCACCCUGUACAGGAAAUAUUUGAUACUAACAAGAUUUCUUAUCUUUCUUCCAAAACUAUUAAUAUCUUAUAUAAUAUAUUAAUAACUAAAAACUGAUUGUUUUAUGAAGGUUCCAGCUUGCAGUAAAAUUGUGAAUAUAAAAAUGACAUUUAUUUUUAAACUCUUACUAAUUCCAAUUUUACCACCAUAAGAAAAAAAUAUAAUAAGCUUCUAAGUAUACUACCACCGUUGUUUUAUUUGGCAUAUUUAACACAUCUAGAAAUCCAUUAAUUCACUUUAAUUAAAAAGUAUAAUGUUAUUUUACUUAACAUGUAAUCAUUACAAGCUAGGUGAAUUUUGUAUUUUAGGUUUCUCACCUAUUUUUAACUAAAUAAAUCUCAUUAAAUUUUUCUUGUACAUUUUGAACAUUAUUUACUUAAUCCUAAAUUACACUUGUAACAGUACAGAUUUAUUUAUAAUUAUAUUAAGUGUUUAUAGAGUGUUUAUGUUGUUGAAAUGUGUAUAAAUUUUAACAGAAACCAAUUUUGAAGUAGAUUGUGUAUGCACAAUCUUUGCUUAGUUGGGAAAAAAACCACACCAAUACAUGUCUUAGAUGUUCUGUGCACUUAAAUUAUGUGCCUUUUAUGUUUAUAUAUUAAUAUAUUUUUCAAAAUUUGUCAACUAAACAGAUAACUAUUAUACUGAGCUUUUUAAAAUUUGACCAGUUUGUAUUUAGUAAAUGUUGUAAUAUUGAAUGUAUGUGUAAAAAUACAUAAAGGUGUCAUUUUCA